AUGAAUAAAACUGUGAUUAAAUGCAAAAGAGGGAAUUGCAAUAGUAAAAGAGUGGUCUAUCUUGCUUGCUGUACAGCAUGUAGGGCUUACUACAUUGGAAAAACGGAGAGAUGUAUUAAAAAACGAAUAUACGAACACUAUUACAAGAUUAGCAAACAUGAUACUACCAAUGCGCUAUAUAGGCAUGUGUCUGAAAAAGGGGAUAACCAUGUGUUUAUAUUUGCUGUUAUUGAUCAAAUUUAUCGGCUGGAAGGGAAAUAUAGGGAAGUGAUCCUUCAUGUUAAAUACCGACUAAAAGGGAGAACCAGAAGAGUCUGCUUAUCUAAUGGCUGGGACAAUGGAAAUCCCACAUGUGUGCCUGUUAUGUGCCCUAAACCUGAAGUAAAAGAUGGUCACGUGGUGUAUGAGAAUGGACUCGAGAACCGUUUUAAUACUUCAGUUACAUUUAAGUGUAAUGAAGGGUUCACACUCACAGGCAGUUUAGCUGUAGCAUGUAACAAGGAUGGACGCUGGGAUCCUCCACUUCCUACAUGUGAAGAAUACCCUACAAGGCUUUCAGAUGGUGUCAGCACUUCUGAUGUACCACUGGGAAACACAGAAGGAUCAAGGAAUGAAGAAGCUUCCGGACAUUUUCUAAGGUUUGCUGGGGAAGACAGCAUAAACGAUAGCACUCGCAUGCUCUGGUACUUACUUCCUAUACCAGCUUUUCUCUUUUGCGUUGGUGGAGUCAUGUUUAUAAUCUAUAUGAAAAAGUGUCGAGGAUCAUAUUCCACAAAUGAAUGUAAAGAGUCACCUCAGUCACAAAGGAGCAGCAUUAGUGCCAAUGGAGUGAGUAUAACCUAUUAUUAUUGCUUUUAG